UCCAAUCCCCCACUUCUGCUUGUCUUUCGACCUGCUUUGCUACAGCCUUGUACUUUUCAUUGCCUUCUUUUCUGCUUUGCUUUCUGACCUGAUCCGUGAUCCGCAAUCCGUAUUUCACAGCCUACAAAGCGCCUUGUCUGCCAAGACAUUCAAAUAUCCUACAGUAUACUGUGACCUCGCCAAGCAAACCCCAAUUCCAUCUCUCUCAUCUCGCUCGCCGCUCUCCAUCGGUUGGCUCAAGAUCGGAGUUGAUCAGCUUGGACUCUGUCCUCCUUGGCCUUGGCUCGCAAUCUGCCUCCCUUUUUUGUUGUGUAUUUUGCCUUUGCUGUGCCACUGCCUCAGACAGACAGACGCUCAAAGGACCUUCCCGUCGUCUGGCAGAAACAACGACUGCGGCCCCCCAAAAACACCUUAUGCCAGACACCACACCACCACGCAGUUGUUUCCCCCCUCCCGACAGCAUCCACCUGACCAACGCGGAUACGCAUUCAAGUCCUCUCUCUCUCUCUAUCACUCCAUUAAUCAAUCAAUCACCUCUCGCCCACUUGCCCCCCUCCCAGUCAGACGCUCGUCUGCUUCGCCUGUCGUUGCUGCCAACUGCUGCUGGCUGACUGAAUGACUGGAGCCUGCACCGCAUAUUUCGGCCGCCCGCCAGCAAACGGUAGCACUGCUCCCCUCCACCACACACCUCUCGCAAUCAACUUACACACCCGGUACGGUACGGAGCCACCCUGAUUCACACGCCCCUACACCCACCCACUCAACCGCACACCUCCCACCUCAACGGCAGCACCAGUACCAGCACCAGCACCAGCACCAGCGAGGCGGUAAGAGGAUUUGCCCUUGGAAAAACUGGCCAACUGACCUCCACUUGUCGCGGCCUCUGUCCGUCGUCGUCGCCACUUCCCUACACUCCCCCCCAGGCCCCUCCCUCAUCCAUCCCUCAUCCAUCCAUCUUGUCCCACGCCCACUCACUCCCACCUUUCUGGUUGCCUUUCUUCCCAGGUUGUCGCCUCGAGCUACCUGUCAGGUCUCCCCAGCACAUGGUUGAGUCUUCAUCCAUUGUACUCCCUUCUGGCCCAGACACCAAAAGCAGACGGACGGCCCAAGCCCUCAGCCUCUGAAAAUCCUGAAUUUUCAUCCCACCUCCAUCCUCGAACCCGCCAAGAAUAACACGGAACCUGUUAAAGUUCUCUCUGUGUCCGACCAUCUAUCCCAGCGCCCUUCCUCUCUCCCCGUUCCUCCUUCCAUCUUUCCUCCUUCUCUUCCAUCCGUUCUGUCUACCUGUUUUCGCCAUUCGCCCUGCGCCACGCUAGGCCCGACGUCAUCUGUUCGCCCAGCACACAUUAAUCCUUGUGCGUGUGAGAGAGAAAGAGAGAUAGUCCGCACCCACGCUGCUCACGGCCACCGCCGCACUCUCAUCCACGCUCGCCCUUUUCACCAAGGAUCUGCAUUCUCGAUUCAGUUAUUCUUGUACCCCCAGGACCCUGAAAUCAUCACGCUACCGCGCCUCACAUUGAGCCAGCGCCCGGUCAUCCUAUAAUCUCCCUCGUCUACCCCCCAAAAACAACAACAACACCACCACCACCACCAUCUAUUGCUUCUUCGAUCAUGUCUGUUCUGUUCUUAUAGCCUCACGGUCCCUAGGGACACGAUUUGAUCUGCAGCAAUCGUCUUUCGAGACGAUCUUCAGCUGCACGUCCGCCUGGAGGACACCCUCUCUGCAUACCACUCACAUAAGACAAACCAACAACUACUACAACAAUAGCCGCUUGCCACAGGCAGCCAUAUACCCGCCACAACCACCCGCAUUCACCUCGACCAUUUCGGUCCUUACGGAGUCGAGCUUCGACCAGUUGCGCCUGCUAGAAGCGUCAUUGAACGACUUGGCCUGCAAUUACCAACCUUUAGCCACUUAUUCGCGAGCCGAGAUCCCGAUAUAACCCCUGUUCCUUCUCUCUAUCGACAUCGUCACAUCUCCACCAUGACGCACCACACACACAACGCCGCGGCGUCAAACGUCCUCGCUUGGUCGACAGAUUGUGCCAACAUGCCCUCGAUGGUAGAAGACGAACCCGCCGAUGUCGACGAGCCUCCGGAUGCGCAAUUGCCCAUCUCUCCCAUGGCCAGCAUGUUCAAGAGAAACCCAAUCCGCCGCACUAUCCUCGACCACAACGCCUCCCUCCUGACCAAGGCUCUUCACAGCCCUUCCGAAGACGAGGAACCCGAGGUCCGCCCGGGCAUGUCAUUCUUCGCUCGCCGACGCUCCAUGGCCAGUAACAUCAGCUUGGCCUCUACCGCCGACCUGACGAGCGACACCGGCUUGACCAGCCCCUCCCGCGCCAAUACUCCUAGCCCUCCUCUCCCUGAGAUGCGUUAUCUGAACCUCAACGACGAGCCUGCCAAGGAUGCCCCCAAGAAGCGCUGUAUUCAGUUCGCCUGUGCUGCAAAACCCAAGGCUGCCGAGCCCAUUCAGGCCCAGCCCAUGGUCAAGGCCCCUUCUGCCCAGGAGACCCAGCGCAAGCCUUGCAUCAAGUUCGCAUGCCCCGUUCCUCAGCGCCCUGCUUCCACGCAGAACACGCCACCCCAGCGCAUGGAGAUGGCCGCUGCUCGCCUUCAGCCGCCCGCCUUGGCCAAGCAGUCCUCCCCGCUGACCGCCCGCAAGUCCCGCUCUUCUGCUAGCCGCUCGCGCUCCCCUAGGCCAUCGCUUGCCCCUCCCCGCUCCGACGUGGACGUGAAGUCUCCCACCACGAAGAAGUACAUCACCGCCAACGUCAAUGACUUGAACAACGAGUCUUCUCACUUCCAUGAGUUCGCCAGCGACAUCCCCCGUGAGGAUGACUGGAUCCGCCAGGCCUUUUCCUCGCAGGGUCGCCGCAUCACCAUCGACGACACCCUGCAGAAGGAGAAUGCCAUUCGCAAGUUGGCGACCGAGGUAGAAGAGGAGGCCGAGCAGGAGGAGGAAGAGAUGGCGACCGCCCUCGAUGACGAUGAAGAUCUCGAUAACCUGGACGAUGGCGAUGAUGUCGAGGAUGAGGAGGACGAGGACGACGACGAGGCCUCUGAUGAGGACGACAACUCUGACGGUUACAAGACCGAUGAGGAGACCGGGUUCGCCGACUCCGACGAGGAGGAGGAUGAAGAUGAGGAUCUUCGCUUAUGGACUCCGGGCCGCUCCACCGUGCAGAACAUUGACAGCACUCCCAUUGCUCGACGUCCCUCCCUUCCUGAGCAGCUUUCGGACUCCUCCAUUGCCUCCCGGACCAGCCUCCGCGCCCGACGUGGCCGGGCUCACCGCAUCAAGAUCCGUCCCGGCACUCCUGAGCUCCCUGACAGCACCGACUUCGUCUGCGGCACCCUUGACGAGGACCGUCCCAUGGAGGACGCUUACAUGUCUUGCCUGGCGGCUCGUAGGCGCGAGAAGCUCCAGCUCAUCCCACAGGAUAUCGACCCUAGCUUCCCGGCCUCCGACCCUGAGGACGAGGGUGAAGAGGAGAUUUACAACCCUGUUCACCACAGCAGUGACGACGAGAUGUUCUUCCACGGAAAGAUGGACGACUUGCACCAUGCGAAUGACAGAAGCCGUCGCCGCAAGAAGACAGAGCACACCUCUCCCAAACGCUUCCACUCGCCUCCCCCUCUGAAGCGUCGUGCAUCUCCUGCCCCAAAGGCUCGCGGCCGUUCCCCUCGUCGCCUCUUUGAUGGACCUUCGCCCCGUCGCCUGAGGUCGCCUGUGCCGCAGAUGCUUCGUUCUCCUCCUGCGUCCCCUCGCAAUGGCCAUGGCGCCAUCGCGUUCAAGACCUUGGCAUCCCGCCCCGGGCUCACUGUCACCAAGUCCCUUCCUCGCCCUCCUUCCAUGUUCCCCCACAUGGCCAAAGGCCGUCGCGUCAAGGCUCCAGCCAACGACAUUCACAUUCGUGGCGCCAUUGACAUUGUCAAGGGCCUCGAGCGGAAGCGACAGCGUCGCAAAGAAAAGUUCUAUCAAAAAUACUGCAACCGCGCUCGCAAGGGACAAGUCCCCGAGCGCAAGCCACAGCGUGGCCUUGGCUGUGAGCGCAUGCGAGAGCUGGGCUUGCUCAUGGCUGGCAAGAUCGACCAGGGCAAUUAUGUCCUCUCCGUCUAGAAGACGUUUUACAUCACAUAUUUGGGUGGAGUUUUGAUUUGCAUUUUACAGCAGGACACAGAUACUCCCGCAUGGCGUUUUGCAUGGAAAGGUGCAUGGAAAGGUGGGGUUCAUGACAUAUACGAUACUACUUCAACGUCCUUUCGGACUGCACAUAUCUUUUUUACACACCGGAGCAUCUCUCGACGACCGAGGGCUUCGCACCUGUUUCUUCGCUUCAUCUUCUAUUUUAACGGUUUCAUUUCAGUUUGUUUUUGGGAGUCCAACGGCGCCUGGACUGGAGCACGAAUACCCCUGGAAUAGCGUGUACGAGGGCUUGCAUGGUUGUUGAGCGAACACAUAGCAUUAGGAAGCCUGAUCAACUGCAUUCCUGCGAGAUAUCGCAGAUCUCCG